AUGAGCAACGAUGGUAAUUCAUAUCCUCAAGCUGGCAUCCAUAAUGCUCGGCGUGAGAGUAUUGCUACUGCACCGUUUAGUUGCCAUCCGUGUCGGAAAAGCAAGCUGAAAUGUGAUCGUACAAAGCCGUGUUGUAGUCGAUGCCUCAAGCAAAAUUAUGAGUGCGUCUACUCUGACUCAAGGCAGCCUUAUCGGGGCAUAAAUCGAGGCCAGGCCAAGGAUUUAGAGGCCAAACUUGCACGCCUCGAGAGAGUACUACAAGCUUCUCGGCAAAGUGAGACGUCUCGUACUCAGGACAAUCAGUUUAAAGCCAAUAACGCUUCAAUUGCUGGUAUAGCAUCGCUGAGCUAUCCAAACGAUGAGCCUGCAGGGUCGGGUCUGAUCGAGGGGCCUCUGCCUCAAUAUCUCGUCGAAACACUAACAACCAUAUACUUUAAUGAUGUCCACCAAGCAGCACCCAUGCUACACAGACAGCGGUUUAUGGCAUCUCUCUUUCUGCUCGACCAUAGGAGAACGCCAAUGUGCCUCCAGUACAUCGUCAUGGCCUUUGCUGCAGAGACUACCAAGUCAUAUCACCAUCUAGGCAUGGAUCUCUACAAGCGUGCUAGAACUUAUCUUCAGGAACAGGAAUUCGGGAGCCUCGGGACAAAUGAUCUGUCACUGGGUCACGUACAAGCUUGGGCCCUGAUGUCUUGCUUCGAAGCCGAACAUACAAUGUUCGCUAAGGCUUCCAUUACUUUAUCAUCUGCCCUUAGAGCUGCACAGAUACUUAAUCUGCACCGGGUUGAUAUGCCCGAGUCGAUCGGGAACGUAUCAACGGACUGGAUUGAACUUGAGGAGCGACGCCGAACAUGGUGGACCAUAUUCAGUUUCGACCGCUUUGUUUGUGCAACAACCGGAUGGCCAGCUCUGAUAAAUCAACAGAAGGUGAGUUGGAUCAGCCUGGCUCCUGAACCAAUGGCUGACAAGGGUAUAGACACCCGCCUUCCAGCUUCCGACGAAGCGUUUGCGUAUGGAAGAGAGGAGCAAACACGUUUCCUAGGAGAUCAGCUAAUCGAAGCUGAACCACAAUCAUCUUUCGCUGGAAGAGUACUUACAGCGCACAUAUUCCACCGUACCAUCGAGCAUAAUAAUUCCGACGAUGGCCGAGGACAAGGCGCUGAGACCUCAACAGAUGACGCAUAUUGGCAACAGCAUAGAGCGAUUGACAAUGACCUCAAGUUUAUGCUAUUAAUGUUGCCAAAGAAUCUGUGUCUUCCUGCCAAUUAUAAGAGUCAAAAUGCAGUGUUUGUCAACGUCAUGCUCCACACAGCUACAAUCUGCCUUCAUAGAGCGGCCCUGUGGAGGAUGAAGUCGAACAUACAGGGACUGCCAAGUUAUAUGAUUCGAUUGUCGCAAGAUCGUCUAGCUCCAGCGGCAGAAGAGAUUCUCAACAUCUUCAGAAUGAUACCUGAACUUGGCACAACCUUUGCGAACCCUCUUAUCUGCGUUGCAGCAUAUAUGGCUGCUUUGGUCUUUGUAUCCUGUACAUCUCCCGCCGAACCUGAUGUACAAAGUGAGGAGAAUCUCGAUUUCAUUCUAAGGGUUAUGGUAGCUUUUGGGAACAAUAAUCUUGUCGCCAACGCUGUGUCAAAUGAGAUUGUAAAAGAGAUGAGCCAGUGUGGUAUCACCUCCGCAACCAUGUGUAAGGUAAGAAAUCAUCGUGUCUCAAUCUGCGUCACGGACACUGAUAGCUGGUGCAGGUGA